CAUGCCGUCAUGCAGCAGGCACGGGAAGUUGUCCUUGAGGAAUGUCUGACAGGAAUGGAAAGCUCCGAGGCUCAGGACAGCAAAGUUAAAUAGCCAUAACUUAUCAAAAGCGGAAACCAAAUAAAUCUACAGUUGACUCUUGAAGAAGACCCGAAAGUAACGGUUAAAUCAAUGAGUUCUGCGGACAACCGACGAACCGCUGGAGCAGGAUACAGACAUGGAGGGGGAACGGUAAAAGGAUUGGCCCAGAAAGUCCCCUCUAAUCAACCGUCCCUAAAUGAUUCACUGAAUGGAGAAGUUAAGGCCUUCCUCAUUGAUGAGGACCAACUUCACACUUAUGAUGACCUCACUAAAGUCAACCCCGUGACUCCUACAACAGUGCUUCAAUGCCUGCAGGCAAGGUACAACGUGAAGAUGUUUUACACCCAUGCUGGCUGCACCCUGGUGGCUCUUAACCCCUUCCAGCCAAUCCCAGACCUGUACACUCUGGAUGUGAUGAAAGAGUAUCACAGCGCUCCUCAGCCUCAGGAGUUCAAACCACACAUCUUUAUUGUGGCUGAGGAAGCUUACAGGAAUGUGAAGGGUCAGCUUGAGCCAGUGAACCAGUCCUUGGUGGUCAGCGGUGAGAGCGGUGCAGGAAAGACAUGGACAUCUCGCUGUCUGAUGAAAUACUAUGCUACAGUGGCGGCCUCGUCCUCAGUUAUGAAGAGUCAGGAUACAGUGGAGAGGAUAGAGAGGAGGGUACUAGACUCCAACCCCAUCAUGGAGGCUUUUGGCAACGCAUGCACACUAAGGAACAACAACAGCAGCCGCUUUGGAAAAUACAUCCAGCUCCAGCUCGACAGCACUCAGCUGUUAGUGGGAGCGUCUGUGCAGACGUAUUUACUAGAGAAGACCAGAGUGGCCUUCCAACCAGCUAAUGAGAGAAACUUUCACAUCUUUUACCAGAUGAUGAAAGGGGCCACAGCUGAGCAGAGGAGGGAGUGGAAGAUGCCAUAUGGUCAACGUUUUGCCUGGCUGCCCAAUUCUGAAAAAACUGUUGAGGAGGACUGUUUUCAUGAGACUGUCAAGGCAAUGGUUCAUCUGGGCAUUAAUACAGAGCGACAGAGUCAAAUAUUCAGGAUAUUAGCAGGGAUUCUGCAGUUGGGGAACUUGAAUUUCACCCAUUCAGUUGAUGAAUCACAUCCUUGUGAACUUGAAGAAUCAACUCAAGACAUCUUGCAGAGAGCUGCUGAGCUGCUGUGCAUCCCCGCCGAGGAGCUCCUGACAUGUUUAAUAGUCCGGACUUUAAAAGCUGGAAAACAACGUGUGCUCAAGCCCUGCACUCAGGCUGAGUGCAGCAUGAGGAGAGACUGUCUGGCAAAGGUCAUCUACGCACAAUUAUUUGAAUGGCUGGUUACAUUCAUCAACAACAGCAUUUGUGCAGAUGAAUCCACAUGGAGCAACUUUAUAGGAGUUCUAGAUGUUUAUGGGUUCGAGUGUUUCUACAUCAACAACUUGGAGCAGCUGUGCAUUAACUAUGCCAAUGAGAAGCUGCAGCAGCACUUUGUGGCCCAUUAUCUCCGAGCUCAGCAGGAAGAAUAUGUGGCAGAGGGGUUGCAGUGGUCUUUUGUGAAAUAUCAAGACAACCAGAGCUGUUUGGAUCUUCUUGAGGGAAGCCCCAUCAGUGUGUUUUCUCUUCUUAAUGAGGAGAGUCGUCUUAAUCGGACCUCCGAUGCUGAGACUUUGAGGUUUCGUCUGGAGAAGGAGCUCCAUGAUAACUCUAACAUCAGCUGGGACAAGUUCAGCAUGCAUCCUCACUUCACUGUGGCUCAUUACGCUGGAAAAGUCAACUACCAGAUCCAGGGCAUGGUGGAGAAAAACAAGGACCCAGUACCAGUGGAGCUCAUCAAACUGCUCCAGGCAUCUGAAGACCCACUGCUACACCAGAUCUUCACUGACAGGGAAACCCAAAGCCCAAAUUCAAAGGGACUCAGUAAAGUCACUGUGGUCUCCAAGUUUAAGAACUCUCUAGAGAGCCUGAUGAAGAUCCUCCACACCACCACGCCUCACUACACCCGCUGCAUCAAACCUAACCCAGACUGCAAGCCACUCACCUUCCAAAAGGAGGAGGUUAUCAUGCAGUUGGAGGCCUGUGGGAUUGUGGAGACAAUUCAUAUCAGUGCUGCUGGCUUUCCUAUAAGAAUCCUCUACAAAAACUUCAUGCAGCGUUACGGACUGAUUGCAAAACAUUUAAAUCUCAGGUCGCGGAGCCAUCGUCAUGACAUGGAGACUGACAGCAACGUUUAUCUUCGGCAAGAGGCAGAGAAGAUCCUUCGCAAUGUGCUACAACACAAGGUGUUUGACCCCUCGCACAAGCUCGAAAGUGAAAAACGCAACUCAUGGGUGCACUGCGGAAGGACAAAAGUUUUUCUCACCCAGUUGAUGCUCGAUUUGUUGGAGGAUCAGAGAAAGAAGGUCCUGUCCCGCUAUGCCUUUUCCAUUCAGUGCUGCUGGCGACGGUACCAGCGCCGCAAAAAGCAUACACGUCAACAGUCGGCUAUUCUUAUCCAAGCAGCGUUUCGAUCCUGGGUGGUGAGGAAGCAGGUCAAGAGGCGGAUCAGUGCAGCAGCGGUCAUCCAGAGGAGCUGGAGGAGAAGGAAUACACUGUUGAAGUCUUUGGCGGCUGCAGAGCUGGAUGAUGCAGAAGACCUGGUAGACGAGGAUGAACAAGCUUUAAAACCUGCCGCUGUGGAACAAGGUUCUGUCCAGCUUUCUAAAAGCACCAAGCCUGUCACCGUACGAGGAUGGCCCCUGGGUCUGGCUCUGGCCUCGGCCCCAUCUGUCACUGUGUCUAUGACAGCCAGAGGUUUCCAGAAGAUCAUGUAUGUGAUGGCCUGCCUCAACCUGAACACCAGGAGGGGGGAGUAUAAGGUGGAGACCAACCAGUACACGCAGGAGUUGGCCUCCAUACGGGCUCAGCCAAGGGGAUCCAUAAAGCUGCACUACAAGAGAUCUCCACUCCUCUAUGCUGACAGGCACCCAGACAUGAAGAGUUAUGUGACAGGAUUUAAUGAGAUCCUGCUUGAGAAAACUUUGUAAGAGGUCCCUCUAUGAAGAACACUAAACGCUGAUUUCAUGGACAUAGAUGAGGGAUAUUCAGGCUCAGCAGUGCUUAUGUAGUCGAACAGCUGCUGUCUAGCACCCAUUAUAGAGGGAACAAACCUGGAACUUAGACUAAAUCUGUUUUGUUUAAAAUGAUUAUUUACACCAAUAGCUUUUUAAGAAAUGUAUAAUACUUUUGAUAAGCAACAAUGCACAGGGUUAUACCUUUGUGUAAUAAUACUUUAAUCCAGCAGGAGGUCAGAUAAGAUAAUGCAGUUGUUUCUUUUACCAAAAAAUAAUCCGUUGUGGCCUACAUGCCAAAGAUACUCAGGAAAAUCUGCUCUAGUUCAACAUCAGUCCAGAUAUACUGACCUGCUACUACUGAGAUUCGGCAGAGUAGAUUUUUCAAUCACUUGUAGGAGAGGUGCCAUGUCUUUCACCUGCUGUAUAUACAACAAUGAACAUAAAGAAAGUGGUGAUUAUAAUGGUUGUACUGCAGGACAACAGGAACAGAAAUAUUUGUUAAAUGAGUCUUUAUAAGAUCUGAAAUGACAUGGCAAUAUCUUAGCUUUCAGGUUUUAAAACCUCCGACUGGUGAUGUAAGAACUGAGCCUUUAUCACAGUGCCUUAGAAUCUAAACUCACAUCAAAUAUAGGCUGUAAGUAAAUGUAUUUAUUCUAGGGUGAUUAUUUAUGUGGGAUUUCAGUUAUUUUUCUGGGUAUACACGCACAUACGAUUGGAGGCAUUGCCCUGAGGUAAAACCAGCAUCUUGUUUGAAUGUUUAUGUUCUGUGGAAAGAGUAAUUAAGCGACUAUUGCACAUUACGCACAUAUUGCACAUUAAAGCCGCACACCUGCUCACACAGAGCAAUGGACAGACCUUUCUCAAACCAGACCUUCCUCAAUCACACUUUAUUGAGUAAUGAAAAAAGUGUGACGAACACUAAGCUGAGCGAUGAAAACCUUUGUUAUGGUUGUUACAGCCUCUUAAAUAAUUAAUUUACAAUGAAUUAAGGCUCAAAUGCAAACCAUUAACAAAUCUGGUCAUCGUCUGGACAAGCCCCCAUACAUAUUAUGGCCUCUUACAUAAAUAACAGCAAAUUAAGGCUCGAACACAAAGAGACAAGAAACAAGUCUAGUUAAAGCCUGAACAAGCCCCCAUAUGUGCCUCUUAAAUAAAUUAACAAGGCUCAAACACAGAGACCAGUGACAAAUCUGGUCAAAUCCCAGACAAGCUCCCAUAUCUGUUACUGCCUCUUAAGUAUCAAAUUAUGUAACAACAAAUCAAGGCUCAAACACAGAGACCAGUAACAAAUCUGGUCAAAUCCCGGACAAGCCCCCAUAUAUGCUACUGCCUCUUAUAUAAACAAAUUAACAAGUUAAGGCUUGAACACAGAGAGACAGAGACCAGUAACAUAUAAAGAAUAGACAAAAGCAACUAAUUGAAAUUCGAAAAGGAAUCCGAGCGUGAUUGUUAAUGAAGCAAUCAGUCUUUAAUUAAAAUCAAAGAAACAAAAGGGGCUGUAGGCACCAGCCAAAAGAAAGGGUGAUGGACGUCACUAGCCCCCAUUGGACUGCCACCCAAAUAAGGCUACCCAACUAUAACAAACUCUUUACUUAGGAUAGAAAAGAAACAAUGAUAAAUAGAACAUGGUGAAUGUAUUAUUUUACACGUUAUUUGAAAAUGUAGAAAUUUUGACAACCCCAGUAUGUGGAGAGAGUGUAAGGAGAGGUAGUAGAGUUGGUUUGAGAAAAGUCCAAAGCAUCAUGAACAAUCAAACACAUCUCAUUUAAAACAGGGGAAAAGAUAAACCCAGGUUUGUUUAAUAGCUGCUCAUUGUGUUUAAAAGUCUCUGUGUUGUUUUAACUUUGACUGAACCAUUGUGUUGAUUUAAAUCUGCUACAGUCCAAAGCAUCAAUGCCAGUACAUGCCAAGUAUCACAAACCAAAGGCUGCAAGUGUUUCAUGUCUGAGAACAAGCAUAUUAUUAUAGCCAUCAAGUUAUAAUAUUUUGAAUGUUAGAGACAUAUUUUUUUAUGUUACAAGUUCUUCUAGAGACUGAAUGCUGAAGUUAAUCUUCCUAGUUUUUGCCCUACAGCUUUACCUACAGGGGCAUCUGAUUCCUAACCUCUUUUCUUUGGCUGGCUCAAUACUCCUUGUACUGUUUUCUGCAAUAGUGUUACCAAAAUGUGUGUCAAUAUCAAAGUUUAUCAUUUUACAUCUGUAUAUUUUGUUUGGCAAUGGUACCAAGGGAUCAUAGUAAAACAGCUUAAAUUAUGGCAAUAUUUAAACCUGUUUUCUUAAAAUAAAUGUCUUUUUA